AUGAGCUCGAAAGAUCAUAAAGUAACAAGGGAAAUAUCAGGUAUAAAUACUUCAUUUAUCGUCUUCUUCAACGCUAUAUCGGCGCGCAUUCAAUUAACAUUUUUCUGCUUUAUCGCCGCGAUAUCGCGAGAGAUGGCCGUGCACGUCCUUACGACUAAAAUAGCACGAAAAAAGCGUACUUACCGAGAAGCGUGAUAUCGAACGUGGUGAGACAUCGUUUCAUCGGAGUUUCAAGCAAAUCUCCUUGAAGCUUUUUCGUACGAUUCAUCUUGGUACACAAGCCGGACAUAACGUGUCCGAGGAUCAUCCGGCGAACCGAUGGCAUUUUCGCUUAUUUUAAACAGAUUACUGUUAAAACAAAUUAUGAUAUUGAAUUGAUUGAUCGAACAAAUUAAAACAAAUUAUGACAUUUCGCGUGCAUGAAAAUUGCAAUCAAUUUCGUUAGUAAAAUUCUCCCGAGUUUGGAAACUUGAGUGAAUAAAGUGUUAAAAUAAAUCGUAUCGUACUGAUGGAGGAGUAUUUCAAAAGCGAAUGUUUCAGCAUUGCCCGUUAUACUAAUCAGAGGUUUCAUAAAUAGUACCAUACUUACGUGGAAUUGACUAUGCCCGUAUCUAGAAUUUUUCGACGUUUGACUCGUUGUGAUAAAAUCUCAACUGCGACGAACGAGAUCACGACAGACGCUGAAAUCUACAGAGAAGUCGCAUGGCGCCUCCGUUAACACGCAGGCUCGGAUGUUCGAUCGAUUCAGCUGUGAUAGAACUAUUUAUGUCACUCAACUACGAGAGUAUGAAUGAAGAUACCUUUAAACAUUUCCGUGAUAAUAUGCAUGCCUCACUAAAACUUAUCCUAUUAUGUUUUUCUGUUCUCCAGCACACUCGGUAAAAGGGAGGAUCCUCCCGAUUCUAUCCCUCAAUCGUUAAUUUAUUUAUUUAUGAGACUCUCUGAAUUUAACUUUAUGAGACGAUAUGAUUAUCAAUAACUUCACGAUCAAUUUGUAUUGAACUUCCUUUAGCUAAGUGUAAUUACAAUUUAUGCCGAAAGUUGUGUAAUAUUGCUCAAUAGAUAGGGGUGAGGAUAGGGGUGAGGAAAUGGUACCUAAUACGAAUCAUUUUUUUUUCUAACUAUAGUUAUUAUAUAUUUUUUUUUUAAUUUAUGAGUUCUAGAUUAAAUUAAAUCAUAAUAAAUAGAUAAUAUCCUUCGUUGGUUAUUCUCCGAGGAACACGAUCAUUCAGAUAUUGAGUAUGUAACGCAGGAUAUCAAUGGCACCACAUGGAGGCAGCACCGUCUGAGUUGUUACACUUGGUAUUUUACCGUUCGAUAUUGAAAUAUCUUGGAGUCGCAUUUAAUUAGAUAUGAAGUAACUUCUUGGAGAAUAUUUGUGUAAAAUAGUUACCCUUUCCGUGAUUGUUUCAAAAUAUCGUCCAAAUCGUGAAUCAGUGUUCGCAAGUGAAAAAUACAUACUUCAACGUAUCCCGUUUUAUUAGUGGAUACAAAGGUGUCCUAACCUCUUUCCUUUUGUUCGAACGAAAACAAUGAAUAUAUAUAUUGUUAAGAAAGAAAUUUUAAAUAGCUUUCAGUUAAUAUUGCAUUAAUAUUCCAACAUAUUCUCGCGUUUUGUUCAUCAUAUUUACUACUGUAAUAAAUGAGAAAUAAUAGACAAUGCAGUUGGCUUUCUGUCAUAUAUGUUUGUGUCUUGAUAUAAAGUCUACAAUGUAUUCUCUUGAUAUUUAGUUAUAUAAUUAAUAAAUAAGUAACACGUUCCUUUAGUUUUAAGAAAAAUUGUGCGAUAAUGAACAAGAGAUGUAAAAGUAGGGCAAGCAGAAGCUGAUCAUGAAUAUAUGUUUCACUUGGACUUUAAGCUUUUUCUGGGAUAGCAAAAUGGCUCUGGGAUACAGAAGCGACUGUUAAUAUACUCAAAUUUUAGCAGAUAAGGAGACAAAUAUGAGUUAUCACCGUGGAGGAGGUAAUAAGCCAAAAGGCUUUGGGUUUGCUGGCUUUCAAAUGACUGGCACAAAAAGAAGUGGUUCUAACAUACCACCACCUCCACCAAAUUCUACUCUAAGCAAACAAGGUUAUCACACUAUGAAUUCUAUCACCGAGAAUGCCUUAUCCGCAUGUUGGGGCAUGCCGAAAAAACGUAGCAAAACCGAGGAAGAGUAUUUUGAAGAUGAUGAUGAUCCACCAUCAUUUUCUUUGGAAUAUAUUCCUGCCCCUGGAUCUCCCACUUAUGACUGGAUAAAAAAAUCAACUCCAAAAGAAGAAAGUGAUAGCGAAGAAGAUCCAUUGGAUGCAUUUAUGGCUGGGAUAGAUGCAGAAGUUAAAAGAAAUAAUUAUGAGGCUCAGCUUGCGGAAGAUGAGCGUAGAGAGGAGAAAUCGAAGGGAUUUAGAGCAGACAUUGAUGGCGAGGACGACGAGGAAAGUUACUAUAGGUAUAUGGAGGAGAAUCCAACCGCUGGUUUGCAACAAGAGGAAUCUGACCAAGAAAUUGAAUAUGAUGAGGAUGGAAAUCCAAUCGCGCCUCCAAGAAAGAAAGAGAUCGAUCCCUUACCGCCUAUCGAUCACAGCGAGAUACAAUAUGAACCCUUCGAGAAGAAUUUUUAUAACGUUCAUGACGAGAUCGCUAGUUUAAGUAAACAACAGAUCGACGACCUAAGGAAAACUCUGGGGAUAAAGGUGUCUGGUCCGUCUCCACCAAAUCCAGUUACCAGUUUUGGUCAUUUUGGUUUCGACGAUGCAUUAAUAAAAUCCAUUAGAAAAAACGAAUACACUCAACCUACGCCUAUUCAAGCUCAAGCAGUUCCAGCCGCAUUGAGUGGCAGAGAUAUAAUUGGUAUAGCAAAAACUGGUAGCGGUAAAACGGCAGCCUUCAUUUGGCCAAUGCUGGUCCACAUAAUGGAUCAGAGAGAAUUGAAGGCAGGCGACGGACCUAUCGGUUUGAUUCUUGCCCCUACAAGAGAAUUGUCGCAACAGAUUUACCAAGAAGCAAAGAAAUUUGGCAAAGUGUAUAAUAUUCAAGUAUGCUGCUGUUACGGCGGUGGCAGUAAAUGGGAGCAAAGUAAAGCACUAGAAGGAGGUGCGGAAAUAGUAGUCGCAACGCCCGGUAGAAUGAUAGAUUUAGUUAAAAUGAAGGCAACGAAUUUGACCAGAGUAACGUUUUUAGUGUUGGAUGAAGCUGAUAGAAUGUUCGACAUGGGUUUCGAGCCACAAGUACGUUCAAUAUGUAACCAUGUAAGGCCGGAUAGGCAAACGUUGUUGUUCAGCGCAACUUUCAAAAAGAGGGUAGAAAAGCUUGCCAGGGACGUUCUAACAGAUCCAGUUAGGAUAGUCCAAGGGGAUGUCGGUGAAGCGAAUGCCGACGUCACGCAACACGUGAUAGUGUUCAAUAAUAAUCCUACUGGCAAAUGGACUUGGUUGUUGCAGAAUUUAGUUGAAUUCUUAAGCGCUGGCAGUUUGUUAAUCUUUGUAACAAAAAAGCUCAAUGCAGAGGAACUCGCAAACAAUCUCAAAUUGAAAGAAUUUGACGUUCUACUUCUACACGGUGAUAUGGAUCAAAUUGAAAGAAACAAAGUAAUAACUGCUUUUAAAAAAAAAGAAGUCAGUACUUUAGUUGCUACUGACGUUGCAGCUCGAGGUUUGGACAUUCCACAUAUCAGAACUGUCGUAAAUUACGAUGUCGCACGAGAUAUAGAUACCCAUACACAUAGAAUAGGUAGAACAGGUCGAGCAGGUGAAAAAGGGACAGCGUAUACUCUAGUAAUAGAGAAAGACAAAGAGUUUACAGGCCACUUAGUCCGGAAUUUGGAGGGUGCAAAUCAAGAAGUACCAAAGAGUCUUAUGGAUUUAGCGAUGCAAAGCGCGUGGUUCCGCAAGUCUAGAUUCAAAGGUGGAAAGGGAAAGAGUUUGAACGUUGGAGGAGCCGGACUCGGAUUCAGAGGAAGGCCAGAAACAUCUUCGACUUCGAGUGGUGGUUCCUCGUCGCAAGGAUCUAAGGACAUAAGCGAAGUUGUUAAAAAGUUAGAAAGACACGGACCAGGUAGCGAUCGAUUAUCGGCUAUGAAAGCUGCUUUCCGCAGUCAGUACAAUUCUCAGUUCCGGGCAUCAUCGGAUCAUACAUGGGAACAAACUAUUACACGGCCUUCGGUGAUAAUGCCCCCACCGCCACCUGUACCUCCGAAACCAAAUACGGAACAAUCAAAGACUCAGGACAUACAAGCUUCUAAUCUCGGAGGAGAAAAGAAAAGAGUGAGAAAGAGUCGAUGGGAAUAAACGUUCCCAUAAAUCGGAAAGCUACGAUUAUUUUGUGUAUAUUAAUAUAUUAUAUCAUCGCUGAUAAUUGAUAACAUGUGAAUGCCGAAUUGUUUUUAUAUUAUAAUAAGAUUUAAUUUUACCAAAUACUUGCUACAAAUUUCCUCUUCAACCUAUAUGAAGCUGUAAGAUAGUAUUAUGUUAUAGCUAUAACAAUUGUUGGGUUGUUGUUGUGUAAGUAAAAGUAACAGUGCGUGAGAUUUAACGACAAGGAGUCUUUAUUACGAUAUCAUCGAUACAAAAUUGAACGAGCCGUCUAAAAUCUAAAUGAAACACAUUACUAGACCGUCUUUAAUAGCACGCUAGCUACUGCGAUACAAUUGCGUUUAUCAUUUUCGGCGUACCAAUUUGAAUCGCGAUUGCUACUAUUUAAAAGAGCUUCGAUAGGCAACAGAGGUAUCGGAGAGAAUUAAUAGAGGCAAAGAUUGUAUCGUAAAAAGAUAAUCUCUCGCGAAGUGAGCAAUUUCUUUGAACGCAACACUUGCAUUCUCGUACGACGUACAUCGUCACAAUUCGUUCCUUGUAACGCGAGUUCAAGGUUCUAAGCUUUCGGUCACAUCUGAAUGUAAACUCAAUACCGAGCCGAUACUUCUUUCUCUGGUGAUUUGAUCGGUACCUUCGUUUCCUUCGGGACGAAAUCAGCUGCUUCGCUUCCUCUCUACUCACGUGUCCAUCGAUACUACGCACUUCGGAAAGAAAAAAAGCAGUUCUCGAAGAUCGCUCGAUAUGGAGAUUAAGUCAAGGAUAUAGCUAUGACGAUCAAUCACGUUCGAUCGCCUUGUUUGACCACGCGACGCCCAGAUGGGAUGUUAAUGACAGGUUUGUCGUUCGACUAUGUGAUGACACACGCCUGCAGAUUAUUUAUCCGCCAGUUUGGUCCACUCGAACACGACCAGCCAUAAGUAAGUAACGUUGCUUAGUAAAGUCCCGCGGUAUUGUUUUACCAAGGUUCGCGGACGUGUUGUUGCCAAGGUUUGAAGAUCGCGAGAACGAUUGUCUCGUUCCUGUCAAUUCUUUGGCCGAGUUCGUUCGAAAAGAAAGGUUCAGCUGUUCGAUUUCCCGGCCUGAGUCACCGCAAUAUAUCGAGGAAGGCCAAGUUCUAGAAUCAGUCUUCUCAUAGAAGGGAAGUUUAUUUCUACGGAUUGAUGUAUUGAGGCAUAGCGGGACUGCUUUUCCUUCUGAUCUUCCCGUUUUCUUGCGAUCCGUUCAAUUGGUUGAUAGAUUUUUUAUUCGCGUCGUUAUUUUUGCUAAAUUUCUCCAUCGCUCUGCUGUACGACCCAGUACACACUCUACCCCAAAGUCUCUUGUCGUCUGUGCAUUGCUUGUUCUUUCCCUCGCUCGAAGUUCUCUGGAUCUCGUGUCUUCGUUGAACUUUGUUAGUAUCUUCCUUCUCCAAGAACACGCUCGAUCCUACGGUACCACGUUGAACAUCUUCCCAGGAAGUGUUCGCAUCUGAGUGCACGCUGGAAGGAGUAGGGCAGCUGCUUUCGCUGGACAAAGACGAGGAUCUCGUGAAAGAGGGUGGUACAACCAGUUUCAUCUUGUGGUCCUCUUCUCUGGGACUUGAGUUCAAAGGUGGCUCGCUUCGUGCUCGGCUACUCGAUCUAGUUUCUCCCUCGUUCUUCUCCUGAUUGUCGUUCAAUAUUAUUUUUGUGAUGGACGUCCUUUUCCUUAAGUUUUCCAUGUUCUCUUUUGGAUUAUUCUGAAAACUGUCAACUCGCUGCAGAAUGUCUUUCAAAUUCACAUUAACGCACUCUGUAUUAUAUACCGGUCUCGUUCGCUCUGUUUUUUGUACCUUUAAAUUCGUUUUGCCAUUUGCAGAGGUGACUUUCUUAGCCGAGUCUGGAGAAUCGUCUUUAACAUGGCACGUUAUCUCCGGAUAGAUGUAAUUUGGCAGUCUUUCUCUCUGACGAGCAUUACCGAUCAAACGAUCUGAAUUGUUCAUUGUUUUCUGAGGUUUGUCGCCCGUUGUUGGUUCCAUUGAUUUAGCGCCCUUAACGCAUUGCUUAUACUUCUCGUCUAUCGUUGUGUCAACGUUAUCUUGAACCGUAGCUUCCUCGAAAAUGUAAUCUUCGCUGAUGCCAAUCGACGAUGGACUCGACCACUGUUCAGAAGACGGUUCCUUCAUUUUUCCCUCCUCUUUAGCCUUUCGAUCUUUAUCCAGUUUCUUCUCUUCGCCGUUCUCGCAAUUAGAAUCGGAAGUAGCAAUGUUAUCUUCGUCCUCGUCGCCCGAAUCAACGAAAUUCUUCAGUAUUCCUUCGUUCCUCUCGUUCUUCUUCCUCAACUCUUCCCAAUUCUUUCGCGGCUUGUAACUCGUCUUUCGUCGAACGAUUUUACUCUCGCUGAUGUUGAUGUCCGGUAUGAACAAUCUCAAAGCCUUCGUGCCAGUGGGGAAAGUCACCUCGUUCACUCGUUUCUCGCUCAUUAUCGCUUCCAAACUCGUCCUCGAGGCGACUUCCUGAUGCUUGUUGAACGCGGACACAAGCUGAGCCACCGUGUACUUUGGCUCCUCGGUCUCAGACUCGGUCGACCGGUCCUCUUUGUCAUCCGACGUACCAGAAUUGUUCGAGUGACUGGAAACGUCAGAAUGUUGUCGCUGACAGAGUCGUUUCCCAGCUACUAGAUUGGACUCGUUGCCGCGAUUCACUGGCGUCUCGUCUGAAUCUUCGGUCAACGUGUCCGAUUCGAUCGAUUUCAACGAAUCGAAAUUCUCCUCGGACUCCAAAGCCUGUUCCCCCGACGCUUCUAAAUCUUUCGUCUCUCCCUGUCUCUCGGUCUUCGUCGAUCGAUCGUCGAUCUCUGCCUUCUCCAUCGAUUUUUCGUUCAAAUACUUUUUCGUUUCUAUCAAGCUUGAUACAUCGUCGUAGGACCUGCGGUCGCCUGUGACGUUGCACGCAGUUUCUAUCGACGAGUCUGACACGUUGGACGUAUCUAUUUCAGCGCCCAACCGUUUGAAAAUGGGCACCAUAUCCUCCGUUUUUGCUCGUUGGUAGCUCUUCCUUCUCCGUCUGAGGCACUCGAGGCUCCUGUAUAUGUCCAAAACGCCCUGAGACUUGGACAACGAUCUCAGGCCGUACAGCUUCUCGCGCGACUUGCUGAUCACAGGGUUGAUCGUCAUUCGCGGCUGCAAAGCCGAGGCUGCCGGGGUGUUUUCAUUGAGCAAACACGCCUGAGACUGGAUUCGAUUCAGGCUUCGUAUUCGAGACAGAAGGCCCCGACUAGGGCCGUGGUUCAAGUUCGCCUGCGAACGACUUUGCGCCCGACUGAGCAAACCUUGGGUUUGCUCUUUGUUCAGCAGACAGCUCUGGCUGGCGCAGCUGAGAUUCGUUCUGGAUGAGUUGAGACUCGUUCGCGAGUCGGCGGGACUUGGGAAAUCCUCGCUACCCUCGAGACUAGAUCGGCUUCCGGUCAAACGGUGGCUAAGGCACAUCUCGCUUUGGCUCAGCAGACAGUCUUGCAAGCUCUGAUCCGAGUGACUCGUGUCCUGAGCGUCGCUCGACAGAUUCGCUUGGCUGCUCGCCUGGCUCAGAAGCGCUGCCCUUCGUAGAUUCUCCCGGCUGACAACGCGUUCUAGAAGAACCUCUCGCGACUUCGACAAGUAUCUCCGCAGAUGAGGCGAAGCUUGCGUGGGCGCGCCGCGUAACCAAUCGUGACGCAGGCAUUGUUUCGCGGUCAUUCGUGCGCUCGGGUCCAGCACCAAGAGCUUUGCAACGAAAUCUUUCGCCUGCGCCGAGAUAUCGCCAAACAAUUCUUCGGGAAAAUCCACUUCGCCCAGGGAGAUGUUUUGAAACGUUUCUUGAUCGGUUUCACCGCCAAAAGGGGAAAAUCCCGUUAACAAAACGUAAGUCGUUACACCCACCUACGUAAUCCGGUGUCCCAAGGAUUUCACGAACCUCCGUCCCUUCUAGUAUCACUCUCGAGAUCUCGAAGUCGCAGAGCUUCACCUCGCAUUCCGGGAAACUGCCCAUCAUUACCAAAUUUUGCGGCUGAAAUUUCAA